AUGACGAUCGAUGAGGCGGCGGUGGCAACGUCUCCAAAGGUGGGCAUCGCGUUCUCCAACCGCCUUCGGCACGUGGAAUCCAUGUCCCUGCACCCCUCAAGCGCUGAUAUGGAAUCAAAGGAGAUGUGCACGAAAACUAAUAUCGGAUAUGAUUGCCUUUUGUUCGAUCUUGAUGACACCCUCUAUCAAUUGAGUUCCGGAAUUGUCGCCGAGUGCUGCAAAAAUAUUUUAGAAUAUAUGGUUGAAAAAUUAGAGGUUGAAGAAAGUAAUUUACUAGAGUUGUGUAUUGUUCUGUAUAAGCACUAUAGAACAACAAUGGCUGGUUUAAAGGCCAUUGGCUAUAACUUCGAUUAUGAUGAUUUCCAUAGCUUUGUCCAUGGAAGAUUACCAUAUGAAACAUUAAAGCCAAAUCCUGUUAUAAGUCAACUUUUAUUGUGUCUUCCAGUUCAAAAAAUAUUCACUAAUGGUGAUCAAGCUCAUGCUGCUAAAGUGCUUAAGAAGCUAUAUCUCGAAGAUUGUUUUGAUACUAUUAUUUGCUUUGAGACACUAAACCCACCAUCCUCUUCAUCUAGAGAAGAUAAUUCAGCCAACAUCUUUGACAUAAUUGGCUACUUAUUGAAACCUGAUCCAAAUGUUAAUCUACCAAAGAUAUCAAUAUUGUGUAAACCAUCCAUUGAAGCCAUUGAGCACGCUCUCAAGAUUGCAAACAUUGAUCCCCCAGAGAACUGUAAGUUGCAUUUAUGA